CGGCCGAUCAGCUACCACACACCACUUACCAUAUGGUAGUCGUGAGUGAGACUGGAACUGGUGCCAAAUUCAAAGUUAAUGAAUAGUGAAGUGGCGCUGCAAGAGUUCUUAUCUGAAGAUGACCCACAAACCGGAGGGGGGCACUGUUGGACGGUUUGAAGAAAGCAAACGAGAAGAUCUCAGCUCCUCUGAAUCUAUUGGUUCGCUAUGGACUUUCUGGCGAAUGAGAAGGUAUGUCGUGGCUGUACUGGCAUUUUUAGGAUUUUUCACCUCAUAUGCUUUGAGGGUAAAUCUAAGCAUAGCCAUAGUAGCCAUGACCGAAUUUAGGAAUGUCACCUUGGAGAAUGGAAUGACUAUUAGGAUAAGAGAUUUUGAUUGGGACACCAAACUCCAAGGAUACAUUCUAAGUUCAUUCUUCUAUGGUUAUAUAACAACUCAGCUCCUCGGUGGUUAUUUAGCUGCAAGGUAUGGGGGUAAAAGAGUAUUUGGCAUCGGCAUAGCAGUUACUGCUUUGUUAACUUUGGUGACUCCUUGGAUAGCUAGGACUAACGUCUACCUUCUAUUGGCUGUGAGGAUUAUUGAAGGUAUAUUUGAGGGUGUUACAUAUCCAUGUAUACAUGCCAUUUGGUCUAGAUGGGCGCCACCUUUAGAACGAAGUCGUCUAGCUACAAUAGCUUUCUCUGGAAGUUAUAUUGGAACAGUUGUAUCGAUGCCACUUUGUUCAAUUUUGGCAUCAACUCUAGGAUGGCCCAGUAUCUUCUACUUUUUUGGAACGGUGGGUUUGAUAUGGUGCCUGGCUUGGAUGGUAAUAGUAACUGAUUCCCCAGAAGACGAUAGAAACAUAACCGAACAGGAACUGAAGUAUAUAAUAAAUUCCCUAGAAGCAAAGAGCAGCAAAAAAAUGAAGAUACCAUGGAGUUCCUUUGUUACUUCGAUGCCAGUGUGGGCUAUUACUGUGUCGCAUUUUAGCGAAAAUUGGGGAUUCUACACCAUGUUAACUCAGCUGCCCAAGUUUAUGAAACGUGUUUUGAAUUUCAAUCUACAAGGAGCUGGAUUCACGUCAGCCUUGCCUUACUUACUCAUGGCGAUAAUGACUCAAUUCUCUGGCCAUUUCGCUGACUGGUUCAUCGUAAAGCGCAUUUUAUCGGUGACUCAAGUUAGAAGAAUUUUUAACUGCAGUGGAUUCGUGGCUCAGACAAUCUUUAUGAUGGCUGCCACAUACUGGCUAACACCUGUUGGAACUACUUUUUGUAUUAGUAUGGCUGUAGGACUGGGUGCAUUCGCAUGGGCCGGAUUCAGCAUUAAUCAUCUAGACAUAGCUCCUCAAUAUGCCAGUAUACUUAUGGGUUUUGGUAAUACCUUUGCGACAAUACCUGGAAUUGUUAGUCCUAUUUUAACUGGAUAUUUGGUAACCGACGAAACCAGUGUUGACGAAUGGAGAAUCGUCUUCUACAUCUCAUCGGCGAUUUACCUCUUCGGAGCAUUGUUCUACGGUCUUUUUGUCUCAGGUGAGCUCCAGCCUUGGGCAAGGGAAACUGAACAGCUGAACACUGACAACGAAAAUUAUGGAGCUUCAUCAACUGAGAACGGACAAGGUGGAUACGUGAAUAAAAGUUUUGAACAAGAUAAAAAUAUAUGAUAUUGAAAUAAUCUCAUUACUAGCUUUAUUUGAAUUAGAUUAUUUUGAAAUAAACACAAUAUUGUCCCAGUAAAUAUUGUAAAUAUGUGUGUAUAUUAUUUGAGUAAAUUAUAUUAUUCAUUA